GAGACUUAUUUGCGGCUUUUCCCUGAUAUUUAUUUCUAAAGGCCUGAAAUUCCACCGAACUGUUUUUGGAUAAGGGUCGAAUAACACCUUCUCAUUCGAGAAGACGUUAGAAACAAGAAGCCAAGGGGUCACCCCCAGAUCACUCAAAGAAAUCGAUCGCCGCCGCAAUGGAUAACGGAUGUGCCCUGAGCUCUUUGUCGUCCUCAACCGCUUCCUCCAAAUUCACUCCAGCUCAUAACAGGCUUGUUGGGAACACUACCCCAAUCUUCUGUCCUCUCAAUCAAUUGGCAACCAAUCAGUCCAACGGUGUCAUUUCACGUAGAUCUCACUCUCUGAUCCGUGCAGUUUCAAAUGAAGUAGGGAGCAGGAAUAAGAGAAUAAGCAGUCUUGAAUCUCUUUUUUGCUAUGACAAGUCUGUGCCUGAGGAAGUUAUAGAGAAACCUAUUGGGCUGUCUUUGAUUGAGAAAAAUAUCGGAAAUAAACCUCCUUGUGGUGGUUGUAAAGCAGCAGGCGCAGUACUAUGCAAAACGUGCUCUGGUUCAGGCUUAUAUGUCGACUCUAUUAUGGAAUGUCAAGGAAUUAUUGUUAAAGUUCGAUGCUUAGGUUGUGGUGGGAGUGGAAACAUAAUGUGCUUAGAAUGUGGCGGCAGAGGUCAUCAAUGAUUCCCAUAUUUUGUUGUUUAUACUCAUAGUGUAUGUUCUGUAGCUCUACAAAGUUGAAUCUAUAAGAGUGAAACACACCAAAAUCAAGACUUCAUGUUACAUACAUUAGUUGUUCACGAGUCAUCAGAAUAUGUGAUCAAUAAUGAAUAAAUGGUGUUGCUUUUUUGUCAUUCUUUUUUGUUGUACUUAAGAUAAUGCACUAUUAAACUCGAAUAUUUGUUUGUACUGGGAAGGCUGCUCAUUGUUACUCCAAAAUUGAAUAAUUCCAAGAAGAGAAACAUUGAUACCAUAAUACCAGAUUACCAGUAGUUUUUUUUUGCCAUGUAUAGUCCUCCC